AUGACUGAACCAACUCGGAAAGCAAUCAUAAUCGGCGCCGGUCCCGCAGGUCUAGCUACCGCUCUCCGUCUACAACAAAAGACCAAUAUCCGUAGUACAGUCUACGAACUUCGUGCUGAACCCACAACCCUGGGCGGAGCAAUCGGUAUCCAACCAAAUGGACUCCGCCUCCUUGACCGACUGGGCGUCUACGAUGCAAUGUGCGGACGUGGCUACAGCGGCGCGAAUCUUACGCUGCAUUCUCUGCAAGGCCAUGUAAUCGGGACGAGCGAUUAUGUUGGUUGGGCUAGAGAGCAGAUUGGGUACGGGUAUAUGCGAAUCAAACGAGUUGAUAUUGUGGAUGUGAUGAAAGAGAAGGUUGACGAGGCUGGAAUUCCUAUCAUAUAUGGGAAGAGGAUAACAGAGAUCCAGGAAGAGGGGAAUGGAGUUACAGUUCGGUUUGAGGAUGGAACUGUUGAUACAGCGGAUAUCUUAUUUGGGUGUGACGGAAUUCAUUCCUUUGUUCGGAGUCAAUUUGUGGACCCUGGGUAUCUACCUGAAUAUUCCGGUGUUUCGGGACUCGGGGCUUUGGUUCCUGGACAAGUACUGUCGAAGGGGCAUCUAGCGAUGAUGUCAGGGCUAGAAGGGACGUUGACUGGGGAAGGAAUGUUGGUUGUGAAUCCCUGUGCGCCGAAUAAGGAGGAGGUGUUUAUGUUUUUCUCGAAGUGGUUGCCCAUUCCCGAGACUGGGGAUAGUCGGGAUGGGUGGGAGGUGCAUGGGAAGGAAGAAGUGGAUGUGUUCAAGGGUCAGUUGAUGAGUAUCCUGGAGAAUGCGCGUGGAGAGUGGGGAGAUGCAUUGCGAGAGGUGGUGCAAAGUACCUCUGCCGUCAAUUUCUAUCCUGUUUAUCGAUUGCCCCCUGGUGGACGCUGGUCGAGGGGACGCUGUGUACUUGUUGGAGAUGCGGCUCAUGCUAUGUCACCGCAUGCUGGGCAAGGUGUCUCUAUGGCGAUGGAGGAUGUGUUCCUCCUUGCGAGACUACUGGAGGAUCCUGAGAGACCUAUCGAUGAGGUUUUCCAGAAGUAUGAUCAGAUUCGUCGAUCCAGAGUGGAUUCCAUCUUCGCAAUGGCAGCACACAAUGCUCAGAUGAGAAAGCAGCGCACCUCUACUGGGCUGUGGUGGCAAGAACUCAAACUCUCUGUGAUGUUGAAUAUCUCAUGGGCUUUUGGAUUGGACAAGCGGGGGAUGAACCAGGGUCAUUUGGUCUACGAUAUUGAGGAAGUGGAGCUAUGA